AUGGACGCUCUCAUCGCCAAAGCCAACGAACGCCGCAAACGACGCAAAAUAAACCACCAGGACAAAACUGCAGAUUCAAUAAAGCAUAACUCCGCUAUACCACGAUCUCUGCAAGACAAAACUGAUCACGACCAAAAUGGGUUUAGGCAUAUCACAAACCCAAAGCUACGAAAGCAGCUCAACCGCACCUCUGCUCAGUCAACGCGAGCAAAACAUCUUGCUGAGGAUGCAGAGCUGCUACUUUUAGAAGACACGGGGCUCAUACAGGUGGAAGGGGAAUUGGAACGCACUUGGCGAGUUGCGCAAGCGGAAAUCGAGGUGAGCGCAGGUGGCCAGGCUGCACAAGGGAGAAAAGAGUGGAAACUAGACGGAGGGCCAUACCGCUUCAGAUAUACCCGAAAUGGUCGGCAUCUCGCCAUCGUUGGAAACUCUGGGCAUGCUGCAACAUUCGACUGGCUGACUGGGACUCUUCACGCCGAACUUCAACUACAAGAAACAUGCCGCGAUAUCACUUUCCUCCAAGAUCAUUCCCUUUUUGCCAUUGCGCAAAACAAGUACGUUUACGUCUAUGACCGGGACGGUGUUGAGUUGCAUUGCCUCAAGUCGCACAUUGAACCCACGAGAAUUGAAUUCCUUCCGUAUCAUUGGUUGCUUGCCACCAUAGGGAAUGCUGGAUAUUUAAAAUAUCAAGACACGUCGACGGGACAACUGCUCGUGGAACACAGGACCAAACUCGGGGCCUGUCAUGCGAUGACCCAGAAUCUCCAUAACGCUGUUAUCCAUUUGGGUCACUCGAAUGGAUGUGUAACACUUUGGACGCCAAAUUUACCCCACCCAGCCGUGCAAUUACUGGCUCACCUCGGCCCUGUUUGCAGUGUGGCGGUUGACCCCAGUACUGGGGGUCGCUAUAUGGCAACCGCAGGACGCGACAGCAUCGUUAAAGUUUGGGAUUGUAGGAAUUGGAAGGGUGCGGUCCGAGAAUGGUCGAGUCGAGGUGGGCCAGCCGAAAUCAAUUGGAGUGAGCGAGGAUCUCUUGCUGUCGCAAGUGGAGGCACAGUCAACGUUUACGCAUCACCCACUAUACAAAAACCCAUACACGGCAAUACCCAACCGCCACUAUACCUCACCCACCCACUCCCCCACAGACCAUUGACUUCAGUGGCUUUUGCACCAUUUCAUGACGUGUUAACCGUUGGCCACGUUGAUGGUCUGUCUAGCAUCUUGAUACCAGGUGCUGGAGAACCGAAUUUCGACUCGACAGAGGCGGAUCCAUUCGAGAACAGCAAAGCACGUCGUGAGAAGGAGGUGAAAGGCCUCCUUGACAAGUUGCAACCAGAUAUGAUCACAUUGAAUCCCGAGUUUGUCGGAUCCCUUGCGCCUACGCAUGGCACAACUUUGGACAGCAAGCGCUCCCAAUCGGUACCAUUUGCCAGACUCCCUCGAAUAGAACGUCUCCGGGUUCAGGGAAAGGCAGAUGAGACAGAAGUGGUUGAUCCCGAUGACUUCGCUCCGGAUGGGACCAAGCGCACCCCCGAAGAAAAACAACGGAAGAAAAUGCGAGGCAAAAACAAGAGCUUGAAGCGAUAUCUACGGAAGCAUCGCAAGAAUGUCAUCGACCCGACUACCGUCGCAAUCCGAGCCAAGUUGGAAAAACAGAAACAAGAGAAACAGCAGAGGGCAAGCAAAGGAGUCAACGAGUCCAGCACACGGAGUGCUCUUGAUCGUUUUAUUACGUAUCCCCCCUUUGUACCAUUGGCUCAUCCUGUCCCGAACUACCCCACUUUUAUUCCAGAGCCUCCUUCGACGCCUGGCUCUCCGCAAGGUUACCAACGUUUUUCGUCAUCCCCUGGUCCCGCACCACAACAGUCGCAAAAUUAUCAGCCAGCACCUGUUCCCGCCUAUGCUUCACACUUUCAAAACUCCCACCAACAUGGCGAGAUGCCUCCACCCCCUCCCAUGUUUGCUCAGCCGCAAUUUGGAGCUUGGGGAGUAAACGAUGCGACUGCUCAAUUUGGAAUGCAGCUAGGUCAGAGUGCUGUAGCAGCUGGUCAAGACUAUGUUCAAAGAACGUGGGGCGGCGUCUUCCCUAAUACACGUGUCAAGCCACACUUUAACGUGUCUAAUUCUUAUGUGAUACGAAAGUUACGCGUCUUACUUUUCCCGUGGAGCCAUAAACAAUGGGGACGCAAGUCGCACCGAACCGAUGCUGGGCAGACGGAAUAUCUGACGCCGAGGGACGACCUCAACAGUCCGGAUUUGUACAUUCCAGUUAUGGCGCUUGUCACUUAUGUGUUGCUCUCGGCAUUUUACUCGGGAGUGACUGCCCGUUUCCAACCUCAAGUGCUCGGAGAGUCUGCGAGCCGUGCGAUCAUGGUGCUGAUACUUGACUUUUUCGUCGUUUUGCUAGGCUGCUAUUUUUUGAACGUGCAGAGCACCAGUCAAUCAGUCGACAUUGUUGCAUACGCGGGUUAUAAAUUUGUUGGCGUCAUCGCAAUCAUUCUGACCGGAUUUCUCAACUUGGGUCGAACUUUGGGAUGGGUGACCUCCGUCUAUUUCAUUGCCGCCAACUCCUUCUUCCUUCUACGAUCUUUAGGGUCUAUAAUCUUGCCUAGUGCUGCCUCUCGUGCUGCCUCUGCCGACCCAUAUGCCACUGCACCACCUCCUCGACAACGACGAAGACGUAUCGGCUUCUUGCUCUUCGAGGCAGCGACCCAGGUUGUUUGGAUGGGCUUCUUGGCGAGGGUAUAG